AUGGCGUCCGAGCUUCCGCCAGCACAGCGAGCUUCCUACUCCGCCAUCAUCGACGACAUCCUCUCGGCUUCCGACCUUGACACCAUCUCCGCCAAGGCCAUACGGAAGGGUCUCCAAGCCAAGGUCGACUAUGACUUGUCCCAGCAAAAGGACUCCAUCACCGAGCUCAUUAUGGAGCGCUUCAACAAAGUCCAACGUGAGCGCGAAGCCGGCGCAUCCGAUGGCGCAGUCGAGCCAGCACCCACUACAAAUGGCACCGCACACGCCAAGCACUCCCAUACUGGAACUACCAAUGGCGAGGUCUCACGAGCAGUCAAGCGCAAAGUCGAAGAUGUGGACGAGGACGACGACCAACCCGCCCCACGACCGAUGAAAGUGAAGAAGGAACCCAAACCCGAAGCCGAGAGUGACGAACAAAUCGCCCGCCGUUUGCAAGCCGAAUACUCCAAAGGCGCCGGCCGCUCAACCCGAGGUGGCGGCGCUCCCUCUCAACCUUCCAAGAAGGUUCUCGGCGCGAAGAAAGAGAAGAAACCCAAGAAGAAGUCCGCAACCAAGAUACACUCCGACGACGACUCCGAUGUCAACACCUCCUCAGCGACAGAGAAGACAGCAUCAAAAGGUGGCUUCAACAAGCUCCUUAACCUCUCCGAACCACUGCAGGCGCUGCUGGGCGAGACGCAACUGUCAAGACCGCAGACGGUGAAGCGCAUAUGGGCAUAUGUGAAAGAGCGGGAGUUGCAGGACCCAAGCGACAAGCGCGAAAUACGGUGCGAUGAGCUGAUGAGGGGCGUGUUCAAAAGUGAGAGGGUCAACAUGUUCAAGAUGAACAAAGUGCUUGCGCAGCACUUCUUUCCGAUAGAGGAGGCGUAG